AUGGGCAAAUUCAUGAAACCCGGGAAGGUGGUGCUGGUCCUGGUCAGACGCUACUCUGGACACAAGACGGUCAUCAUGAAGAACAUUGAUGAUGUCACCUCAGAUCGUCCCUACAACCUUGCUCUGGUGGCUGGAACUGACCGCUCUCCCCUCAAAGUGACAGCUGCCAUAAGCAAGAAGAAAAUCGCCAAAAGGUCAAAGAUCAAGUCUUUUAUGAAAGUUUAUAACUACAAUCAUCUCGUACCCACAAGGUAUUGUAUGGAUAUCACCUUGGACAAAGCUGUCAUCAACAAGGAUGUCUUCAGAGACCCUGCUUGUAAACACAAGGCAUGA